UGCUGAAUAAGGAACACAAACUUGAUGGGAGAGUUAUUGAUCCCAAGAAAGCCCAGGCUAUGAAGGGUAAGGAACAAAUUAAGAAGAUCUUUGUUGGUGGUUUGGACCCUGAUUGCCCGGAAGAAAAAGUGAGAGAAUAUUUUGGAACCUUUGGAGAGAUUGAAUCUAUUGAACUCCCUAUGGACACAAAGACCAACAAGAGAAGAGGAUUCUGUUUUAUCACAUUCAAAGAGGAUAAUCCAGUGAAGACAAUAAUGGAAAAGAAAUUCCAUGAUGUUGGAACAAGCAAGGUUGAAAUCAAAUUGGCCCAACCUAAAGAAGUAUACCAACAGCAGCAAUGGGGAGGUCGAGGUGGUUUCACUGGAAGAGGAAGAGGUAGAGGAGGACAAAGCCAGACGUGGAGUCAAAGCUACAACAGUAACUAUUGGAACCCAAGUUAUGGAAAUUAUAACUAUGGCUAUAACCAGAAUUAUGGUGGAUAUAGUGGCUAUGACUACCCAGCAUACAACUAUGGCUAUUAUGGUUAUGGACAGGGAUAUGGUGAUUAUAACAGUGGCAGCAACUAUUAUAACAAGAGGGAAUGGACAUCUUUUGAAAUCCUUUAAGAAGUGAAGAAACCUGUCACAAAUUUUGUUUUGCAUUAUGGGCAGUGUUGGAUCUGGUGGACUUUUUUGCGUUUCCUUUGUAAUUUUUAAAUGCAAGUAAUAUUUGAUGACUGUGACAUUUUUUUGUAAAGGAGAAAAAGUUGUUGUGUGAAGUUUUUAAACUAAUAUAAUGUACCACCAUUUAGUUUUACUGCUGGUGAGCACAUCGUGGAUCAGUGUGGCAGAUGUAAGGGGAAAAUGUUUUUUUUGGUGUAUGAGCUCUGUGAAAUAUUUCCAUUUGUAACUCCUCCUGCGUGAUUAAAUAAAAACCUUUGUACGUGUU